CACAGUUGAAGCUGAAAGAUCGAUUCGAUUCGGCGGACAGACCGCUUCCAAGUUAAAGCCCCCACUCCGUCUCCAAUUGCCCGGUGCAAUUCUCAGUUCGCAAUUCUCAAUUCGCGGUGAAGUGAACGAUUUAUGGAAAUUCAUUGAUUGCAAUUCAAGCCGACAAGUGUGUGAAUCAAAAACAAACAACAGGCCCAGUUACCUGAACAUCAGCGCCAUGGAAUACAGCCGGAUCCAGACAAUGCUGCUAAUUAUGAUAGUAAUCGUCGCCAGCUCGUGCUGCGUACACGGCCAGUCCUAUCUCUUCAGUCUGGAGAACGUCCUCAACGAGUCCUCCCGCCAGCUGCCCUACAACCUAACGUCCGCCAACGGAACCACCGAGGUGGACUUGUUUCCCGACACCAUCUCGAACAACACCCGCAUAAUUGUCUACAAAAACACUGUCGUCGAGUCGCCCAACGAACUAUCCCAGACAGCGAUGGAUGUGAUCACGAUUGUGUGGUAUGUGGCCACCUUUCUGGCCCUGGCCGCCUUCUUCAUGCUGAUGGCCUGUUCGGAUCGCCGGUGCCGUGACAUGAGACGUCGUCCCGCCGGAGGACAGUCCACGGAGGGUCUGAGGGCACCGCCCACGCCCUCGCCAUCCUACAGUGAAUUCGCACCGCCCAGCUACGAUACGGUGAUCAAGAUGCAGCAUGCGGCCAAGACGAGUGUGUUUGUGAUACCGUUCAGUAACAAGGCCGGCGAACUGGGUGCUCCAACCUCACCGCCUCCGCCUCUGCCACCCCCGGCCAGUCCACCAGCAAUCACCUGCGACGUGAUCAUCGUCAAUGAACUGCAAAAGUCGGCCGACUGAACCGAUAAGCAGGUGGUGGAUCCCUGGAUUCAGCCUUCUUAACACCCGACUCUGUGAUAUUUGCUGUUUAUGGCAAUGGGCCAAGUAUUAGAUGUCGUAAGAAUCCCCACAAAAAAGACUGACAAUGAAAGAUAUCUGUAUGUGCAUAUGCAUUCAAAUGCCAGUUCAACUGAAACUAGAUGAAUAAGUAAUUAACUGUAAUAAAUCAUAACUUUAUCGAAGAUGA